CUGCACACAUUUUUAAAAAAUCUACACCCGAAGUUUUGUUGCAAAUGUCAAACUCAAAUAUAAUAAAAACUGUUAUUUUGAGUUGAAUUCCUUUCGAGACAUUGGGUAAAACAGAUUAUUAAGUAAUAAAUAAAAUGGCUGCACAACAAGACGAUGACGAAGAGGAUCGGGUCUUCAACGUGGAAGAAGUACAGAAAAUAAUUAGAGACACGAUAGAGCUUAUUCUUGGCGGAAACAUGUACAGUCAUUCAAGAACACCUCAAUGGAUUGGUUUAAUUACCGACAAAACAAUGGCAAGGAUUGCAAAGCUUAAUAAGCCCUUCAAGUAUAUUUUUCGGAUUACAAUAACCCAGAAGAAUGGUAGUGGUUUGCAUACGGCUGCCGCAUAUUUUUGGGAUACGGUCACGGAUGGGACAUGUACAGUACGUUGGGAGAACAAGUAUAUGUAUUGUAUUGUUAAUGUUUGGGCUUUAGCAUUGCAGAUUUAAAAUAAAUUAUUUUGCAUCGCUC